AUGGAUCGAGAUGAUGCAUGGGAAUGGUUUGUUACAAUCGUAGGCAGUCUAAUGACUCUCCUCUAUGUAUCGUUUCUCCUGGCUUUAUGUCUCUGGUUAUCUACUUUGGUCCACCACAUACCUAGAUGCUCAAUCCAUUACUUUUACAUUCCUGCCCUAAACAAAUCCCUCAUUUCAUCAGACAACACCACUCUCAACUUCAUGGUUCGUCUUAAAAACAUCAACGCUAAACAAGGAAUCUAUUACGAAGACCUUCACUUAUCUUUCUCCACACGUAUCAACAACUCCUCUCUUCUUGUGGCUAACUACACAGUGCCAAGAUUCUAUCAAGGACACGAGAAGAAGGCCAAGAAGUGGGGACAGGCCUUGCCUUUUAACAACCAGACGGUUAUUCAAGCGGUUUUACCUAAUGGCUCGGCGAUUUUUCGUGUGGAUUUGAAGAUGCAGGUGAAAUACAAAGUCAUGUCCUGGAAAACAAAGAGGUACAAAUUAAAGGCUAGUGUGAAUCUUGAAGUCAACGAGGAUGGAGCCACUAAAGUCAAGGACAAAGAGGAUGGGAUUAAGAUGAAGAUAUCAGAUUCGUCUCCACAACGACUAACAUUUUUCCAAGUUUGCUUUUCGAUUAUUUGUGUUUUGAUGAAUUGGCUCAUCUUCUUGGCUAUUCGUUAA